CUUCGGUUCCUCCCAGAGGAUCUUCCGGCGUGCAGAGGAUCUCCAGCAGGAAGCAGGGAAAAGGUAAGGAGGAUGCGCGAGAUCGUCCACCUGCAGGCCGGCCAAUGUGGCAACCAGAUCGGCGCAAAGUUCUGGGAGGUCAUCUCCGACGAGCACGGAAUCGACCCCACGGGAACAUACCACGGGGAUUCGGACCUCCAGCUGGAGCGCAUCAACGUGUACUAUAAUGAAGCCACUGGAGGGAAAUACGUGCCCAGGGCCAUCCUGGUGGACCUGGAACCUGGAACCAUGGACGCCGUGAGGUCUGGACCUUUUGGGCAGAUCUUCAGGCCCGACAACUUCGUCUUCGGGCAAAGUGGAGCCGGGAACAAUUGGGCCAAGGGUCACUACACCGAAGGUGCGGAGCUGGUGGACUCGGUGUUGGACGUGGUGCGCAAGGAAGCCGAGAGCUGCGACUGUCUUCAGGGUUUCCAGCUGACCCACUCCCUGGGGGGUGGCACAGGAGCCGGCAUGGGCACUUUGCUCAUCUCCAAGAUCCGGGAAGAGUACCCUGACCGCAUCAUGAUGACGUUCAGCGUGGUUCCUUCGCCCAAGGUCUCCGACACCGUUGUCGAACCCUACAACUGCACCCUCUCCGUCCACCAGCUGGUCGAAAACACCGAUGAGUCUUACUGUAUCGACAAUGAGGCACUCUACGAUAUCUGCUUCCGUACCUUGAAGCUGACAACUCCCACAUAUGGAGAUCUGAAUCACCUGGUCAGCGCCACGCUCUCAGGAGUCACCACUUGCCUCAGGUUCCCAGGGCAGCUGAACGCGGAUUUAAGGAAACUCGCCGUGAACAUGGUGCCGUUCCCCAGGUUGCACUUCUUCAUCCCAGGGUUCGCUCCUCUGACCUCCAGGGGCUCCCAGCAGUAUAGGGCACUGACUGUCCCAGAACUCACUCAGCAGAUGUUCGAUGCCAAGAAUAUGAUGGCUGCCUGCGACCCCAGACACGGGAGGUACCUGACAGUUGCAGCUGUCUUCAGGGGCAGGAUGUCCAUGAAGGAGGUGGACGAGCAAAUGCUGAACAUCCAGAACAAGAACAGCAGCUAUUUUGUCGAAUGGAUCCCCAGCAACGUGAAGACCGCCGUUUGCGACAUCCCUCCCAGGGGCUUGAAGAUGUCGGCCACCUUCAUCGGCAACUCCACCGCCAUCCAGGAACUCUUCAAGAGGGUCUCCGAACAAUUCACCGCCAUGUUCAGGAGGAAGGCCUUCCUUCACUGGUACACUGGAGAAGGCAUGGACGAAAUGGAGUUCACAGAGGCUGAGAGCAACAUGAACGACCUCGUCUCAGAGUACCAGCAGUACCAGGAAGCCACUGCUGAAGAGGAUGGCGAGUUCGACGAGGAGGAAGAGGGCGAAGGCGAGGACAAAUAAUUUAUCCCCAGCUACCUCUUCUGCACUGAGGAAAAUUUUUCAUUUAACCAU